CUGAAGGACAGUGCAUUUUUUGCAGUAUGUCCCUGUCACUAUACUGGGGUGUUAGGACCCACAUAGUCCAGUGGGUGAGUGCCCCCUGCUGGCCCCUCUAACACCUUUCCAGCAGCAACCUUAGCUUUCCCAGGAGGUCUCCCCUCCUCACCUGCUGGGCUUCAGCGGGCUGCUAGUGUGAGCUGCGGGGUGAUAUGUCUGCUGGCUAUCUAACUGUCAUCUGCUAAUCGUGCUACCUGGAUGAACGUGUGUCACUCCUGUUCACUGCUCUCUGUGUUUCUGUUUCUCAGCCCAGGUUGCUGUGCAGCAGCCCUAAGGUCGGCUCAGGCGGUCUCAGCCCCGGCGCACGGGGCCCCAGCAGUCCCUGUUUCAACAACAAGGAGAAUGUCCAGGAGACCAGGCCGGACUGCGAGGUGGCCGGGCUGGGCAGUCCCAUCUCCUGCGGUCCCCCUUCCUCCCCAGUCCUGAUGCAGUCUGACGAGCAGGAUGGGUUUACAAUGGUCUUGGAUGAGAGCUGUGGCAACCCCCACAUGACCUCCAGCAUGGCCCGGCUGCUCUCUGACCCCCUGAUGAGCCAGGAAGUGGAGGUGUCCUGGCUCCAGCCCCAGCCCCCCCGCGGAGGCAGUCGCAGGCUGGUCCGGUCGCCCUCCAUGCCGGAGCGUUUGGACCGGCCUGUCCUGAAGAGAGCGCCGGCCCCCCCCGACCCCGGGCCCGACCCCUGUCCCCUGGCCAAGCGCUGGCGCAGCACGGCCCCCAUCCACGAGGAAGAGGAGGAGGAGGGAGACGGCAGGAAGAGAGGGCGGCUCCUGAAGAAGACCCUGUCUCUGUCCGACGUGGAGACGAGAGGGGAGCCCGGAGACUUGGGGCUCAUUGGGGACUUCAGCAAGGUCAGACAGUCCCGCUGUACUCCCGACUCUCAGCCUGCCACACUCGGGGUGUGUGCGCGCGCAUCUUCCUGCGCGUGUGUGUGUGUGAGCGCGUUUUCCUGUGGAUACGUGUGUGUGGCACCUACAAGCGCACAUCUCGGCAGCAGUGUGCAGCAGGGCUCAGGGUUCACGUCUCUGGGAGGCUGAGGGUUCGAACCCCAGGUGAGACCCUGAUGCUAUGCCCUCCAGUGAGGCAACUGGUCCAACUAAACACCCGGCUGUGUCGGUGCUUCUGUAUAAAGAUACCAGUCCAAGAAAUUAGUCCUGUUAGUCCUGCUCGCAGCUCCUGAGAGCUGGCAGGAGUUUGUGUCCGGCUGGCCCCCUCACAGCUGUAGAGGGUGGUGCUCUGGGACCUGGGAGCGAAUUCGCGGUCUGUCAUUCCUGACCGAACCAGCCUGGAGCCACUCGGCGACAGUGCUGUCAUCUGUGUGAGCGCUGAGCCGCU